AUGCCAAUCGCAUGUAGACUCUUUAUAAAUAUAAUGAGCACAUGGAAAUUAUUACAGCGUCGAUGUUACGAUCUACUCUCAUACAAAUAUUCGCUUCUUAUGAUAUUAAUGGCAUUUACUUGUAUAUUUAUCGGGAUCAUUCAUUUCGGAGAGAUAUGGGUGACUUGGAGUAAAGAAAAGUAUGAAGCUGUAUUUCAUUCUUUUAACGAUAAUAUAUUAGGUAUCUCUUUUCAAAAAAAAUUAUGUCAACAUGUUCCAAUAGAUGUUGUAUAUACAUGGGUUAAUGGCUCUGAUGCAAUUUUUUUAAAAAACCUAAAAGAACAUGUUCCUAUUAUGGAUAUUAACACUGCAGCAUCUAGAUAUAGCGACAAAGAUGAAUUACGAUAUUCGUUACGUUCUUUAGAAAUGUAUGCACCAUGGGUUAGACAUGUGUACAUAGUUACCAAUGGCCAAAUACCAAGUUGGUUAGAUAUGGAUAAUCCUAGAGUUACUCUUAUUACUCACGAAGACAUUUUUUUAAAUAAAAGUGAUUUACCAACAUUUUCUAGUCCUGCUAUUGAAAGUCAUAUUCACAGAAUUCCUGGAAUUUCAGAUAAAUUUUUAUACUUUAACGAUGAUGUAAUGUUAGGAACUGAGGUAUGGCCGGAAGAUUUCAUUACUCAAGCAGGUGGCCAGAAAGUGUAUCUUGCAUGGUGGGUUCCUGAUUGUUCCGAUGUCUGUCCUUGGGCUUGGGUGGGUGAUGGGUCAUGCGAUCCUGCUUGUAAUACAACAUUAUGCGAAUUUGACGGAGGAGAUUGUGAUAGUACACCAGUUCCUACAGAUAGCGAAGCACUCGAUGAAGAAGGAGAUUAUUCACAAAAGUUUUUACAAGAUACUCAAGAAAAUACUUAUUAUGGAUUGAAAUUCUUAGAUAUAUUAAAGAAUAAAAGCAAAUCUGCAUGGAAUAAUACAGAAGCAUUUACCCAACAAAUAUUGCCAAAUGAGUCUACACACUUGAAGUCUGAUGUAAAUAAAUUUUAUAAUUUUAACACUGAUAAGUAUAUAAAUCACGUUGAAAAGGUUUUUAAUGAACGUGAACAUAAUCAAAUUAUAUCUACUCAAAAAUCGAUAUUAUCGAAAAUGAUGCGUAAGAUGAAAUUUCAGAAUUCAAAUUUUACCGAAAGACGUAUUCAACUUAAACGUUAUUUAAACGAUGACAAUAUAAAUUUACCAGAAGUUAGCAGUACUGUCAAGAUUAAUAAUAAACCCAAUUAUUCCGAUCAAUGGAAACUUAGAACUAGACAGCUGGAUACAUAUGCGGAAUCUUUGUUGUAUGUAAAUAGAAUAUAUAACAUGGCAUAUGGAUUCGAACGUAGGAGGGUACCUGCUCACAUGCCUCAUUUAAUAGAUAAAUGGAUCGUCGCUGACAUGCACAAAAAGUUUGAAAACGAAUUUAAGAAAACGUCUAGUCAUAAAGUUAGAAAUUCUGAGGAUAUGCAGUUUGCAUUUUCUUAUUACUAUUUUUUGGCAAGCGAAAAACGGAAAGUGCCAAUUGAAGAAAUAUUCGACACAUUUGACACGGAUAAAUCAGGGACUUGGUCAGAUAGAGAAAUUAGGACACUUUUGUCCAGAUUAUAUCCACUACCUCUCGAUUAUAGUCUAGUUGUAGAGUUUGAAAAUGCAAUAACAAACUGUUCAAAUCACGUAAAAAUUACAGAAAUAUCGAAUCCACCGCAGGGAGAAAGAUAUUUGGAUUCAUCUCUUCCAAUUGUAUCUAAAGAAUUAAUAGCAAAAUGCGAAUCAGUUUCAAACAAGAUUGAAGCUAGGUUCGGAGAAAAGAAGCUCUAUCCACAUGAAAUAAUUAGAGCAGGAAAAAAUGAGAUAUUCGAAAUGUUGACGAGCAAUGUAUCUCUAACUGUGCAACUCUUAGAUGAAAUUCGCAGAGAUCCAAAAAAAUUUAUAUGUUUAAACGAUGACAUGGAUCCUCUUCGCCGUUCAGAAAACGAAAUUGUUCGAGCAUUGUUAAACGAUUUUUAUCGUUCGCUUUAUCCAUUGCGCAGCACAUUCGAAUUGCCUUUGCAAUACCGAAAUCUUUUCACUCAUCGACAUGAACUUUUUGAGUGGAGAACUAACCGUGCAAAAGCUAGAAAUUUAUUAUUGUGUCUUAUUGUUUUACUUCUUGUUACGACUUUUUAUCAUUUAUUUUACAGUCAAAUGCGACGAUUAUUCAGAAUGCGAGCAUUGCCCACUCUCCUCAUUUAAGGUGACUAAAAAUAGUUGUAAAAUUAGUUCUGCAAUAAUCUAAAGAGAACAGUGACUGAAAAAAUUGAUGAGAAAUCAGAU